ACGAACCGAUAAACGUUCACGAUACGCGACUGUCGUCCGAUAGCUACCGGCAAACUAAGUCAUGCUGAACAGAGAGAAAUUCGAUUUAAAAUUAAUGCAACUGGUUAAGGAAAAUCCAGUGCUUUAUGAUUAUAAUUGCCCCAAUUACAUGGACUUUAACGCUCGGACAGUCGUAUGGCAGAAAAUAGGCGAUGAAUUAAAAAGACCCGCGGCAGAUUGCAAAACCAGAUGGGUGCACAUCCGUGAUGCAUACAGACGGCUACUACGUCUGUCCCAAAAACGUGGUCAACAUAAAAAAUAUAAAUACGAAAGUUCAAUGUCGUUUAUGAGGCCGUACUUUAAAGAUGUCAAUGUUGUUGGUGAAACAUGCGAUGACGAGGUGAACUUUGAGUGUGAUUUCGCAGCUGAUAGUGAAUACUCUGAGGAACCUUUGAAGAAAAAACCUAAAAUGAAGAAAAUAAGGAAAAGAGAGUUUGACGAUGUACAUGAAUUUGAAUCAGUAUCUUUCAAUGAUACAUCCGAAUUUGACACAUCCGAUCCUAUCGAUACAUUCUUACUAAGCAUUGGUGCUACUUUAAAGACAUUCUCUCCUUAUCAUUUAAAUAUUGCAAAGACGAAGAUAUUUUCAAUUGUACAGGAACAUGAUUUGCUUCAAAUUGUUCAACAGCAGGAGGAGGAAUCUAAAGAUGCGUCUACUGAAAUCAUAAUGGAAAACUGAAAUAAAACAAUUAGUUUUAAUAUCAUUAGGCUAAAUUUUUUAGUGAUUGUACUUGACAUAGGAAAGAUUUAAAAUCGGUUCAUGGUACCAAGGCGCUAGGAAGCAAUGAAAGUGUACAUAAUAUUGUUUAAUAAAAUUGGACUAGAAAGAAAAAGUAAACUAUUGACACUUUCCUGUGGAUUUGAAAUUUUGACAAAAUUUUAUUCGCACAAAAAGUUGUAUUUGUUUAUUUUUUAAGUAAAUAUUAGUGUUCCUCUGGUUGUAAUGUGAUAUUAAUUGAAACAUAAUUGUACUUUGUUAAGAUUUGUUGAAGAUGAUGUUGAAAAGUUUCAUAGAAAAUGCGUUUGUUUUUGGAACAGACAAUAAUUAAUUCAGUUUUCAUUACAUUUGCAUUGCGACUAAAAUGAUUGUAAAUAAAAUUUUUGAAAUAUGUUAACUA